AACAUAACAAUGAGAGAAGAUAAAGGGCCAAGAGUGGUUGAUUACUUUGUAGUGGCAGGUCUCACGGAUACGUCAGCACUUCUAGAUCAAGAGGGAAAUCGCUCUGAAACCAAGUCUUUUGGUCCAAAGGCGCCAAUCACUGAACUUGCUGUGAUCAUCAAGUCAGCAGGUGAAACUGUUCCUGAGGGAUAUACUUGUGUAGAAGCAACUCCCACAGGACUUCAGGCCAAUUUGAACUAUGGAAGUCUUAAAAGUCCAGAGCUUUUUCUUUGCUACAAGAGAAGCAGGGAAAAACCACCUCUUACUGAUAUUGGCGUUUUAUACGAUGGGAAGGAGGUUUUAAAGCAAGAUUGUGAGGUGAUCCAGGCUACUCCCUAUGGCCGCUGUGCAAAUGUCAAUAACAGCUCAGCCACUUCCCAGCGAAUCUUUAUCACCUUUCGGAGGGCUCUUCCAGUGCGACCUCAAAACUCCUUGGCUGUUACCGACAUAUGUGUUAUCGUAACUAGUAAAGGAGAAACCCCUCCUCAUACUUUCUGCAAAGUUGAUAAGAAUUUAAAUUGCGGCAUGUGGGGUUCCAGUGUAUACCUCUGUUAUAAGAAGUCAGUUCCAGCUUCCAACUCAAUUGCAUAUAAAGCUGGUUUAAUAUUCCGAUAUCCAGAAGAUGACUAUGAGUCAUUCCCCUUGUCUGAAUCUGUACCUCUCUUCUGUCUUCCAAUGGGAGCUACCAUUGAAUGCUGGGAUCCUCAAACAAAAUAUCCACUACCUGUAUUCUCAACAUUUGUUUUGACUGGCUCCACUGCAGAAAAAGUAUAUGGUGCAGCUAUCCAGUUUUAUGAGCCUUAUUCACAAGAGUUAUUAAAUGAAAAACAACACAUGCAGCUUGGCCUUCUGACAGCUGUAGGGAGAAAAAAAGUUACCUCCAAAUCUAUAAAUUCCAACAAAUGCAUCUGCCUUCUGUCACACUGGCCUUUCUUUGAAGCCUUCCGAAAAUUUCUAAUGUUUAUCUAUAAGCUGUCUGUGUCUGGUCCUCAUCCUCUUCCAAUUGAAAAGCACAUAUCUCACUUUAUGCACAACAUACCUUUCCCUUCACCACAAAGACCAAGAAUCCUUGUGCAGCUGUCAGCCCAUGAUGCAUUAAUAUUGUCUCAACCAGUCUGUACACCUUUACCACUCAGUGGGGCAAACUACAGCAAUCUGCUUAUGAACCUUGGACCAGAAAACUGUGCUACUUUACUCCUCUUUGUAUUGUUGGAAGGCAAGAUUCUACUACAUUCUCUCUGCCCAGCUGUGCUGACUGGAGUUGCCGAAGCUGUGGCUGCUAUGAUCUUUCCGUUUCAGUGGCAGUGUCCCUACAUCCCCCUCUGCCCUUUAUCUCUGGCAACAGUGCUCAGUGCUCCCGUCCCAUUUAUAGUUGGAGUUGAUUCACGGUAUUUUGAUCUGUAUGAGCCACCACAAGAUGUGGUUUGCAUUGAUUUAGACACAAACAUGGUGUACAUAUCAGAUGAUAAGAAGAGUAUGAACUGGAAGCUGCUUCCUAAGAAGCCGUGUAAAAGCCUUCUUGGCACGUUAAGGAAAUUGCACCCACAACUUGCAUUAGUUCACAGAAAGACCCAAGAAGGCUCUGCCGUUGAGAUGAAGCCAAUAGAGGCAGAUUUCUCCUGGCAGAAAAAGAUGACGCAAUUCGAAAUGGAGAUUCAGGAAGCCUUCCUGCGUUUUAUGGCCUAUAUUUUAAAAGGGUAUAGAAUUUUUCUUAAGCCAAUCACGCAAGCACCUUCAAAUAAAACUACUGCUGUGGAUUCCCUGUUUGACCUUCAAGGAUUUUUAAAAAGUAGAGACCGUGCCUACACAAAAUUCUACACAGCUUUAACAAAGACACAGAUUUUUAGCCGCUUCAUUGAAGAAUGCAGUUUUGUGAGUGACAAAGAUACAGGAUUAGCAUUUUUUGAUGACUGUGUAGAAAAGCUUUUUCCUGAGAAAGGAUCAGAAAAAGGAGAUAAGGUUGAUGUAGACUCUGCAGAGGAUAUUCGGUUAAUUGAAUUUGAUGAGUCUCAGAAGAGUGAACAUACAGUAUUUAUAAUGCCACCGGAGCCACCACCCCCAGACGAUGGACAGGAAAGACUACCAAUGUAUAGUUACGAGACCUUCCCUAAGUUAGAGCUUAAGCUCUUUGACAGACCACAAGAUCUCAAACUUUCAUUUAAGAGGCACCCAGCUAAAAGCAACAUUUCAAACAGUCCAGCGCUCAUGGCAAAGAGAACUAAGCAGGAGAUAAAAGCAGCCCAUAAACUCGCCAAGAGAUGCUACACAAACUCCCCACAGUGGGCCAAAUUCCUUUUCAGUCAUUGUUACAGCUUAUGGUUUAUUUGUCUCCCAGCCUACGUUAGAGUUUCUCAUCCCAAAGUCAGAGCCCUGCAGCAAGCAUAUGAUGUUCUCAUUAAAAUGAAAAAAACAGACGUGGAACCACUAGAUGAAGUGUGUUAUAGAGUUUUAAUGUUGCUCUGUGGACUUUGGGGCCAUCCCGUCCUGGCUGUGCGGAUUCUCUUUGAGAUGAAAAAUUCUGGCAUAGAACCAAAUGCAAUUACUUAUGGUUAUUACAAUAAGGCAGUUUUGGAGAAUCCCUGGCCUAGCAGUAAUCGCAGCGGUAUAUUUCUUUGGACAAAAUUGCGGAAUGUGGUACACAGUAUGACACAAUUAAGGCAAUGUCUCAAAAAGACUACACAUACUUCAGAGGUUGUUGCAAUACCAGCUUCACGGAAGAUCCCAGGUGGAAGUGAUGGGGACACGGUGAGCCAUGGUAGUGUGGAUAGUUCUAAUGAUGCUAACAGUGGGGAGCACACACUCUUCGUCAGAGACUUAGUCAGGCUUGAUUCCAUUGAUAAUCACUCUAGCACAGGAGGCCAGUCAGAUCAAGGCUAUGGGUCUAAAGAUGAACUUAUAAAGGACGACGGGGACCACCUUCGUUCAACAGACGUGCUUAUGGAGAAAGAUCUUGCUGCAAAAGAAGACUUAACUGGAGAUUUUUCUGGCACCAAUGAAUCUGCAGAAAAACAGCACUCUAAUACAGAAUCUCAAAGCCUCGUGGAAAUCCCUGUGCAUUCUACAAGCAGUAUUGUGAAGGUUCCCUCUGGUAUGUUUGUUUGUCCUGGCAGGAAAAGCAGCAGUGGAACUGCAUCCUCUCCACUGUUCAUCGUUCAGGACUCUAUUGAAGAUUCUGUGUUUAAUUGUAAUAGUUCUCCCAAAAGAGCAAGUGAAAAAGGGAAGAAGAGGCAAAAACAUUUUUCUGAAAGGAGUUGCAGUUUCAGUACUGAAAGCAGAGCAGACAUGUUGCUGAAGAAGAACAGCUUAGAUUCCAACUCCAGUGAUCUUGCAAUAAUGAUGGGAGCAGAUGCAAAGAUCCUCACCGCCGCUCUAGCUGUGGUCAAAACCUCUCCACCCCACAUGAGUAAAUCCCAUACUUCUGAUGAUGCCAGUGGCAUACAGUUCUUCUGUGGGUCAGAAAGUGACAGAAGUCAUGCAGAAGAAAAUACAUGGGAAAUAGGGGCUAGGUCUUCACCUGUUGUGGAAGAACCUGAAGAUCAGAUGAAAAAUGGACUUAGUGACAGCAUGGUCAAAUCAGAGUAUACUAGCCCCAGGUCCCCUGAUGCAGUUCAGUCUAAAACUGAGCAAGUAGAACCCAAAGAGACGGCAAACAAAAGGAGUAGUUUUUAUGGUGUAGCCAAACCCAUUGAAAGGGAAGACGUUCAAAUGGGUUUGGAUCCUUUAUCUUUGCUGGCCACGGAAACAAAAGCCACCAAACCUGCUGAGCCAGAAGAAAAGGUCGUGUCGCCGGUUGUAGCACGCAAUCUGGCUGAGGAGAUUGAAAGCUACAUGAAUCUAAAAAGUCCCUUGGGCAGCAAAUCUUCCAGCAUGGAAUUACACCGGAAAGAGAGCAGUCGGGAUGUGGAUUCCCCUACUUCAUCAGAGCCCAGUUUAGAGAGAAGAUCAAGCUUGGAUUCCAUUCCACCACCACUACCACCACCACCACAGAUUCAAAAUAUUAAUCAUAAAAGUCCAUCUGUUUCCAGGUCCAAAACCUUUACUGGAAGACCAAAGCAACUGGCUCUUUCACGCGCUCAAAAAGAACGGUCAAUAUCUUUAACAGGGUUGGGUCGUUCUUCUCCUCAGGCUUCACUGGGCGCAGUUGUCACCUCUCUGUCGGGGCUGAAGCUAGACCACAUAUUAUCUGGACCUAAAAUAGAGGUCUUGAAAUCUGGCAUGAAACAAGCAGCUAAUGUAGCAAGCAAGAUGUGGGGAGCAGUGUCAUCAGCGUAUAGUUAUUCAGAUGAUGAGGAGGAAACCCCCCAUCCUGAUUUUACCUUUCCUGCUGGCUUUGAAGAUCAUAUAUUAGGCGUCUGUCAGUCGCCAAAAAUAGGAAUCCCAGGACUGGCUACCAGUGAACUUGCACAGAGCACAACAAGUCUUGGAAGCAGCAACAGCAGUGGAGACGUAGGGAAGCCACAUUGUCCUACAGGGGAAAAUCAAUUUUCACGAGGCGUGAAAACUUUGGAUUCUGAUAAAUCUGAACAUGGCUCUUCGUACAAUACUAGUCUAUCCAGUAUCUUCCAAAAUUGUGCAAUGGAGGUCUUAAUGUCGAGCUGCUCUCAGUGUCGAGCCUGUGAUGCCUUGGUUUAUGAUGAAGAAAUUAUGGCAGGAUGGACUGCAGAUGAUUCUAAUUUGAAUUCUACAUGUCCAUUUUGCAAAAGUGCCUUUUUACCUCUCCUUAAUGUGGAAUUUAAAGACUUACGUGGUCUUGCAAGUUUGCUUUUGAAACCAAGUACCUCUGGUGAUAGUUUACACAGCACUAACAUUCCACUAACCACGGAUUCUCUGGAACCGAAGUCUGCCUCCGUCCCUACUACAGAUCUGAUCAGUUUUUCAGAACCUUCAAGUGCCAACCAGACCAUCAGUGAGGAAAAUAGCAGCCCGGCAACACAAAGCACAGCAGAGGAAGAAGACAAAAAUCUCAAACGCAUAAAGCCUCCUGUUACAAAUAACUCAUCAAAACGCGGGACUUCUCUAACUCGGAGUCACAGUGUUGGUGGCCCGUUGCAAAAUAUUGAUCUUCUGCAAAGACCAUCUCAUGGCAUUUCAACCGUUAGCCUCCCUAAUAGCUUACAAGAGACAGUGGAUCCCUUAGCAAAAAGGACAAAUCCUUUGCCUGUAUCUGUUCCCUAUUUGAGCCCAUUGGUUCUCCGGAAAGAGCUUGAAUCUUUGUUGGAGAACGAAGGAGAACAAGUAAUUCACACGUCAACAUUCAUCAAUCAGCAUCCCAUUAUUUUCUGGAAUUUGGUUUGGUAUUUCCGACGCCUGGAUCUCCCAAGUAACUUGCCCGGUCUCAUUCUAACGUCUGAACACUGCAAUGAUGGAAUGCAGCUUCCUCUGACCAACUUGUCUCAAGACAGCAAGCUAGUGUACAUACAGCUACUAUGGGACAACAUCAAUCUUCACCAAGAACGUGGGGACCCACUAUAUGUAUCUUGGAGAAAUCUCAAUUCUGCAGAAAAGAAGCCCUCAGUCAAUUCCGAAGAGCAACAAGCAACAAGCACUUUAGUCGAAAGUAUCAAACUGAGCAUUCAGCACAACGAUGUCGUUAAACCUAUUAAUUUCCUUGUGCAGAGAGUUAAGCGGGAUGAGAAACGGCAAAGGAGUUUUUACAGAGAAAUCCUUUUCCUGUCCCUGGUGUCCCUUGGAAGAGAGAAUAUUGAUAUUGAGGCCUUUGACAACGAAUACAGAGCUGCAUAUAAAAGCCUUCCAGUAGAAGUACUGAAAAAAAUGCAAAAGAUUGAUUCUCCACCCAGUGACAAUGUAGAGUGGUGCAGAAAAUGCUUUGGGGCACCUCUCAUAUAGAUUCCACCGUGGAAGAUUUACCGAGAAAAAGGAGAGAUGACUGGGAAUGUAUAAAUUUGGCUUUGAGCUCCCAAAUUCUAGUUAAAACAAUCGCUGUGUGCAAUCCACUUAAGUCAGUAACAUGGUUUUGUGACACUUGAUAUUUAUACCAGCUCAUGAAUUAAAUACGCUAAUACAAAAUAAUCAAAUUGGCAGUUAACUUUCAACCAUGUUCUAUGUAAUUCUUCCCUUCUUCUUCUUCUAUCUAGAAGUGAAAAAUGUCAACAAAGGGACAUUAAUUUGCUUUCUUUCUUAUGAAGAGUUGCAGUGUUCCUUCUAACUCAAGUUAGCCUUCUAGCUCAAAAGCAGAUUUAUGUAUGGAGAAAAUUCUACUAUAUUUGUAUGUACAUAUUUUGUGUACAUUUUCAUUAUGAAAUACAGUUAUUUUCCUUGGUUCAAAAGAAUAGGCUGUAGCUUUAGCAAGUGGGCCUGUUAAAAGCCAUCACUGUCCCAAUUCACAGAAAAAUUAUAACCCAGAUCCUGGCUGUGUAAAGCAAAGUUUAUUGUUUCUUCUUUUCAUAGUAACUUUUUAAAACUGUACAUAUGUUUUUCUGAAGCAAUGAUGGGUAUCUACCCAGAGUGGCUCAAAGACUUUUUAUAAAGGAAAACUGAGAAUACAUGAACAAGGUACAUAAAGGAGCAUGAAAUAUUCAUAUUUUUAGCAUUCAUAGAAAAUUGCAUGUGUGGGUGUCUUGUGUACAUCUAUAUACACAGACCCACAAACAUAUGUACAUAUAUAUGGGACAGAGCUUAAAAUUUCAGCGCACUAAUGUUCCAUCCCUGCUUAUUUUUUUCUAACCUGUGGGAUAUGUAUCUUUUUUGCACUGGCUGAGUUAAAUACUUCUAUGUUAAAUUUAUUUAUACUCAUACACUUGAAGAUGAAUUUACUGAAAAUGAAAAUACUAAUUUUUAAAAUGUUUUAUUUCCCUGCUUAUUAUAUUCACACCUCACUUUUCUUGGCAAUCCUCGGGUUUAUCUCCCACCAUCACAUAUUCAUUUAAAGCAGUGUUGCAAUAAAGAUUUGGGCAAUGUUCAAUAAUUUUUUUAAAGAAACAAUUAUGAAUUUUAAAAAUUGAUUAAGAUACAAAAUGCAUUCUUGAUCAUGACUUUUCAAGGCUGUCUUUUGCCUAUAUAACUAUUCAUUCUUUAGUAAUACUGCUGGAGAUGAGCUAUUGCAAAUCUUAGUCAAAGUGAAAUGAUCACAUUACGCAGAACACAAGAUUUUGCACUUGUUUGAGCAAUCUGGUGCGAUAGCAUUUUUUAAAAAAUUAUUCACUCUAAGCCACAUUUCAAAAUUCUUGGAAAUUUGUUUUUAAAGGAAUUUCCAUGUUUUUAAAAGCUACUGUCUAAAACAGUUUCCAUUGUAUUGCUUUCUGGUCUCACCCUUUCAAGGAAGUAUUGGGGGAUUAGGGCGUUAACACUUUCUGUACAAUUUAGCAGUUUUAAUUUUUGAAUCACUUAUGUCCAUCUGCAAGUACAAUGGGUUUUUGUCAUCUACGCGUGAUUUUAUAUUAAUAAACCUCUUAUGAAACACAAUUCUAUCUAGUCAUAUUUACAUUAUAGCAAUUAUAUCUUAACAUAAGGACAAAAAUCUCGAUUAUUUUUUUAAAAAAAUGAAAGCUAUUUCUCCGCAACCGUUUUCUUGUUUCAUUUAUAAACUAUUAUAGUUUACUUGUCAUCAGGAGCCAUGUGGGCUACCCUGAAACAUUGCAUGUUUAACUAAUGAUCCCUCUUUUGAUCCCUCUGUAAUAGUAACAAGUCAAAAUUCAAAAUUGGUCUUAUGCUCUGCUAUUAGUUUUGUACACAGUAAGACAUUUUGACAGUUGAUCCGGUAUAAAUGUUGCUUUGGCAUUUGGGGGCCCACCUGUACCCACAAAUCCGUUAUUUUUAAUUUUUUAAAAAUAAAUGUGAUACCAGCAUAAAGGAAUAUGCCACCUCUAAGCAAAAUAAAAUGCCGUCUUAUUAGCAAAAAAAUGCUCUCAAUCCUGCAAAAAUUCCAGAAUAUCUUUAGAAAGCAAAUAUAGGCAGCCUAGAUUUUUUUUUUAAAGUAUUUUCCCCACCCACACACACAAACAUACAGAAAAAAAGUAAAGAUAAGGCAGGGGAGAAGCAGGGCUGUCCUUUUGCCGUGUGGCGUUUAACUGUAGAUCUUCCCCAAGUCAUUUCAUGACAGUUCUCAUGCUCCCAAAUGUCCAGCAUGCUGACCACCCCAACAGGUUAGGGGGGGGGGUGUCUCCCCUCUCAGGAUAGUGAACAUGUAAUUUCAUGAGGGGGGUCCCAUUCUUGAAUGAAAUUUUCCAUCAUCCCUAAAGAAUGGGCUUGCUGACCAAGAAUCUUGUUCAAUUUCUGUCAAGCGUUCAACGAUCCAUGCACUGCCCAAUAAACUAGUUAGCAAACUAUAACUUAGAAUGAUUGUUAAUUAGAUCCACGACAGUGGAUUUAAUACUACAUAGAUUUCAUACCAAAGCUCUUGUGUGCCUUUUGAAUAUAUCACCUUUGAUCUUAUUUUAAUACAAAUAUGUAUAGGUCAAAAUAUUCAGUGUUUCAAUGUUUUUCAACAGGUAGAUUCAAGUCACAAGCUAUUUCCAAAUUUGCUCUUGAAAUCAAGUACAGACACCCCCCCCCUCUUACUAUCUAUAGAGGAAUAGCCCGCUUUGCUUUUAAUGCAUGUAAUAUUAGAAGCCAUAGGAAGAGUUAGUGGUUAUGCAAAUUCUGGGAUCUCAUAAUAUGCUUUGAUGUAGGUAAUAUUUUAGUGAAAUCCAUGAGACUUAUUUGUUUGUCAUUUACUGAUUCAAAGAUGAACAUUUCAAUGGCUGGUGAAUACUUUUGAAAACCUUAAUAAAACAAUAAAAAGUGAGUAUUCAAAGUUAUAAAAUAAUGCCAAUUAUAUUUGUACAGCCAAUUUUUAUACAUAUUUGGAAAUAAAUCGAUGUUUUUGGGGAGGGGUAGAAAAAUAUCCCUCAGGGCAACCUUAUGUAUUUAUGCUCUAAAACAAGUCUUGAGUUAAAUGAGAUUAUGUGGAGGGUGGUAUCUGUUGUCAAAUGCCAUGUAAAAAUUCAUGUAAUUCAGAGCUAUUUAAUUGUAAGAGGGAAAAAGUACGGAAAUAUAAACUUGCAUGCAUCUUACUUCUAUUGAUGUCAUUACCGAAUAUCAGACUGAAAAAUCCAUUGUGUUAGAUAAAUCAAAACCUCUAUCGAGUAGUUUUGUAAAAAAAAAAAAAAUAGAGCAAUUAGCAAUGAAGCUAUUUCCCAUUUUCAAUUGUAUUUUAUAAAGUAGGUUUGCUGUAAAAACAUUUAGGACAGGUUUAUGCUCAUAACUAAUCUACUUAAUCUAAAACACUUGUACUAUAUCUGGCUUCAAAUUAAGUUUAUAAUUUAAAAAGAGCUAUUUUUAAAAUAUGCAUUAGAUAACCAUAGCCUUAGAAAAGACACAUAUUAAGAUAAAUGUGCAUUUGUUAUUCUUGACCAUUGAUCAUUUUUACGUAAAAGCAAUGUUAGAAAACAUUUUUUACAGCUUCUAGUAAUUUAGAAAUGAAACUGUGAACAUCCCAAGCUUUUAAUAUUUUAAGGAAAAUUUGUAAAAGUCACCUUUAAACUCAACAUUAACUGAUACAUUUGUUUUUAUUCUUCCAUGCACUGUUAGAGAAACUGGAAAUUAUCCUGCAUUGUAGAUAAUUGAAGUAUGAAAAGGAGAUAAUUUAAAAACAAAGAAAUGCACGGUUUGCAGUUUCUUUAGGGUCAUUUAAUUAUGCAUUUGCAAUAUGGAAGGACAAGACUGACAUGGGAGAGUUUUCUAUUACCAAUGCAAUAAUUAUAAUUCUGUUGUACAAAAACAAUGUCAGCUGUAUGCUUGCUUUGAUCUAACAAAUACCUAAUUUCCUGUAGAUAAAAGGGUGGUAAUUUUUUUAAAAUUACUUUUGUAUAGAUACCCUGAGUGAUUUAGAAACCACUUGUUAAUAUUAUUGUUAAAAAAAUAAAAGUAUACAGAUACCAUACCUUCUCACGUCUGCUUUUUGUGUGUGGAGGAGGAACUGUUUAGCAGAGGUUUAAAGCUAAAAUUAAAUGUAUAAAAUUAACUAUAUGUUUCGUACAUACGCCAUGGUGGCACAGUGGUUAGAAUGCAGUAUUGUAAGUUGA